GUGUGUGUGUGUGUGUGAGAGAGUAAAUGGGGAACGAGGCGAGUCUGGAGGGAGAGGCGGCCCAGCCGGGAGCCGCUUCCGCUUCAGCACCACCGCGCGCCGGACAGCUCCACGAGCCCGGACCGGACAGCAUCCAAGGCAAACCCGCCCACACAGACCCCAGCAAUGGACCCAAGCCGGGGGGAUCGGUGGGUGGCACCCCUGACCAGAGCCACUCUCCCCGAAAGAGCCCUCAGGGGGACGCCGGUGGUCCUAAAUCUCCCUACUCUUUGCCGCAGAUCGCCCCGAUGCCCAGCAGUAAGCUGUGCCCGGUGUGUAAGACUGCCGACCUGACGGGCGUCUCGGACGGGCAGCCGAACUGCAACACGUGCACUCAGUGCCGCACCACGGUGUGUAACCAGUGCGGCUUCAACCCCAACCCACAUCUCACAGAGGUGCAAGAAUGGCUGUGUCUAAACUGCCAGAUGCAGAGGGCGUUAGGAAUGGACAUGGACACCCCGCGAUCCAAGAGUCAGCAGCAGAUCCAUUCUCCGCAGCAGCCAACCAAGCCCCAACCUCGAACGGCACCCCAAACUCCAUCUUCGACACAACCCAAACCUUUUCCAGCAUCCCAGAAUGAACUAAAGUCUCAGUCUCAACCGUCCACCCCCCUGAAAACCCAAACUCAAGCGAAACCUCAACCCCAAUCAACUCCAUCUACCCAACCCCAAUCGAAACCUCAACCCCAAUCAACUCCAUCUACCCAACCCCAAGCAAAACCGCAACCCCAAUCUACUCCAUCAGCCCAACCCCAAGCAAAACCGCAACCCCAAUCUACUCCAUCAGCCCAACCCCAAGCAAAACCUCAAACCCAAUCAACUCCAUCAACCCAACCUCAAGCAAAACCGCAACCCCAAUCUACUCCAUUAGCCCAACCCCAAGCAAAACCACAAACCCAAUCUACUCCAUUAGCCCAAUCCCAAGCAAAACCGCAACCCCAAUCUAUUCCAUCAGCCCAAACCACAGCCAAACCUCAAUCCCAACCUCCAACACCAUCACAUACUCAGUCAAAACUUCCGCCCACCCCUCAAACUCAACGAAAAUCUCAAUCGCAGCCCGCGACUCCCACCAAAUCUCAACCAAAUCCUCCUUCAUCAGAUCAGCCAUUUGGCAAGCUCUUCGGCUUUGGUGCAUCCCUGCUGAACCAAGCCAGCAGUCUGAUAUCAGUAGACCAGCCGCAGUCACAACCUCAGACACCUCAGAAAGCUCCAACAGCAACCCCAAAACCCGGAGUCCAACCUAGUCCCCAUCCUGGACCCCAACCUCAGCAGCAGAAGAGCAGACCAAAAGUAAACUGCCCCUUGUGCAAGACUGAGCUAAAUGUUGGCAUGCCUACAGAACCUCCCAAUUACAACCACUGCACCCAGUGCCAUGCCCAGGUCUGCAACAUGUGCGGCUUCAACCCCACACCGCAUCUCACUGAGAAGAAAGAAUGGCUCUGCUUGACAUGUCAGACACAGAGAGCCAUUUCAGGGGAUUUAGGGGACAGCCCAUCUCCUGUUUCUCAGCCAGUGGGAUCUCCCCGAGCGACUGGUCCGUCCACCCAACAGCAGGCCCAACUGAGGCCACCCAGUCAGCAAGCAGGGGUGAGGCAUGCCGGUCCUCAGCAGCAAAAAACACCUGGUGCCCAAGUAAGUGGUUCUCUCCCUUCUGCCAAACAAGGAACACCACAGAGCAAAGGUCCUGCUCAAGCAUCUCCUGCCAAGACAGCCCUUACUCAACCUGCAGGCAAAAACAAGGCAGAAACUCGCAAACAAGAGCAAGGCAUUAGCAAGAAACAAGCAGUGUCCAAAACCGAGAAAGAAGGUGAUAUGAAAGUGAUCCAUAAAAAAGGAACACAGGAAGUAAAAGACCAGAAGAAAAGUAGUGACUUACAGAAAUCUAAACACCAUGACGAUUCCAACAAGUCUAGUACUCAGAGUCUGAGUGACACAGGCUACUCCUCUGAUGGCAUUUCCGGCUCCCAGGGUGAGAUUACUGGGCUCAUCCAAGAGGAGGGAAUUAAACUAAGCGAAGGAGGCUUGUCUACCCAACGCAGUCCUCCCAGCCCCUCUGAAAUAAAAAAACUAGAAAGCUCCAUGCGACCGCUAUUGCAGUCAGAAGCGGCCUCUGAAGUUGAUAAGCAGAGACCACAGUCGCUAUCCAUAACACAAGACCAAUUUGAUUCUGAUGGGGAAGUAUCCGAUGACCUUAGUUGCAAAUUACGUCAUGACUACGUAGAGGAUAGCAGUGAAAGUGGUCUGUCACCUUUACCAACCAGACAGAAAGCACAAAAGGACCUAACAGAUGAGGACUUUAUGAGAAGACAGAUUUUGGAAAUGAGUGCAGAUGAGGAAGAAAUGGUAGAAACUGAAGGUCACGUGAAAAUGAAGAAGAGUCAUAAACACAGUGGUGAUCUGGGGAAAGAGAGGCGACGGCUUACACAGCAAUCUAACAGUUUUGAGGAUGACACUAAAAGUACUGAUGGUACAUACAAGUCCAGUGAUGGGGAUGAUAUGAUGGGUUCACAAGGAGGCCUAAGACGAUUUAAGACUAUAGAACUGAAUAAUACUAACAGUUAUAAUCGUGAUUUAGAACUUAGCACAGAGCAUGAUCUUAGAGAACCUGAGCUUGAAAUGGAAAGCCUCACUGGAUCACCUGAGGAAAGGUCAAAGGGAGAGUACUCCUCGACCCUUCCUGCUACUACACCUAGCUAUACAUCUGGCACCUCUCCCACAUCUGUGUCGUCACUGGAGGAUGACAGUGAUAGUAGUCCUAGCAGAAGACAAAGGCUCGAGGAGGUUAAGCAGCAGAGAAAAGCAAGGCAUCGUUCUCACGGUCCACUGCUACCAACAAUUGAAGACUCAUCUGAAGAAGAUGAAUUGAGGGAAGAGGAAGAACUCUUAAGAGAACAAGAAAAGAUGAGAGACUUGGAACAGCAAAGGAUACGCAGCACAGCCCGGAAAACAAAAAGGGACAAGGAGGAACUCAGGGCGCAGAGACGCAGAGAGAGGUCUAAGACUCCACCAAGCAACCUGUCACCAAUUGAGGAUGCUUCCCCAACAGAGGAGCUUCGACAAGCAGCUGAAAUGGAAGAACUUCACAGGUCAUCCUGUUCAGAAUACUCUCCCUCUAUGGACUCCGAGGCAGAAGGAUUUGAAGGGGGCUCUAAACUUUACAAGUCUGGGAGUGAGUACAAUCUUCCAACUUUUAUGUCUCUGUAUUCGCCUACAGAAAAAACAUCUGCUCCAUCACCAUCUACUGUGCACAAAUCAUUAAAAAGUGCAGAGGAGGUUUAUGAGGAAAUGAUGAGAAAGGCAGAGAUGAUGCAAAAACAGCAGGGACAGCAGGGGCGACAAGGACAGCAAGGGCCUUCCAAUUUAGAAAAUAAGCAGCACUUAAGAACAGGAGGAACAUCUUUGAGUCCAGGCACAAGCCCCACACAGAUGUCAGCACCUGUAUCAUUUUCAGAAAGUGCCACUAGUGGGAGAGGGACACCCAAGGUUAAUGAUGCACAACAAAACCAGGCAAGGAUAACUACCCAAACCACCAAAAUUUCACAGUCUCAGCCACAAGUGCGUCAGCCUGCUCUAGGACAGCAACAAGUGCGACUUGUCCAGGGUCAAGGUGCUGACACAACCUCUAAAUUGUACUCUCCUUUCAAGGGUUCCAGCCCUCUUACAUCACCUUCUUCAUCUCCUACACAAAGUCCCACUCAUACAAAAGUUCAUGGUCAUACAUCAUCGGUACCAUCUACACCCCAAGGGUCCCACAUUUCUCCAAGAACUGGGACCCCUCGUCUUGCAAGACAGCAGUCCUCCCAAGAAGCCCCAGUGAUGGUGAUAACACUAGGAUCAGGCACUACUACUCAGCCCCCAAAACCAAUAACUGUAAAUUCUUCUACAUCCCCGCUUUCUUCACCAAUAAGUAGCCAACAGCAACCAAUUUAUCGGAGCCAGUCUCCUGUAACAAGUUCUCCUACAUCAACAUCAAUGUCUCAGCUCACCUAUCAGAGAGGACAAACAGCUGAAAGAGUUACUACUGGGUCAAGUACUCCCUCCUGUGCAGCUUCUCAGAGCCAUAGAUCAGAAAACAUUCAACUGUGUAAAAUAACCAGUGUUCCAGGAACUGCUAAAGUUAUUGAGCAAGGAACAGUGACCCAAAGCGCAAGUGUUGUUGAUCUUAGAGCAAUGAAGCCUGCUCCGAUUAUCAUGACAGACCAUGGUAUGGAUCUAACAUCGUUGGCAUCUGAUACACGGAGAUAUUCAGUUGAUACAGACCAACCUCCAAGUCGUCAUACAGCAGUACAACCGCUAAUUAUGAACCUAAAUGCACAGGCGCAACCUUAUGUGACAACAUCCACACCAACAACAGUUAGUGUUACUGUGGCAGCUUCUAUGUUCAUAUCACAACCUAAGCACCCAAUGGUUUAUGGAGAUCCACUGCAAAAUCGUGUCGACUUUGGUCAGGGUACUGGAUCAGCUGUUUGUCUUUCCCAACCAAGACCACCAAUGACAGACCCAUCAAUUCCAAAGAUAGAUGCAUGUCUAGAAGAUCUUGAAAUUCAACAACAGCAGCUUCAAAAGCAACAACAGAAGCUCCAACAGCAACAAGAGCUCCUUGAGCAACAGCUCCAACAGCAUCAACAAAAUGCAGCUUCUUUUGCUCGUUUCAAUUUAGCAAACCAAGUGCAACCAAUGUUGUUAAAGAAAGACCUAGUGGUAUGCCAGACCAGUGGUGGAAGCACACAAACAGUGGUAAGUGCCAUUACUAAAGUAUCCCCUUUACCACCACAGCCAUUAACAAGCUCUGUGUCUCCUACCCCUACUGUCGGCCAUGACAUAUAUGGUGGGGUUGCUCUGGAGCUAAAAAAUAAGCCCACUGCAGCUAACCUCUCCACAGGAAAGCCCCAUGUAAUGAUGGUACAGUUAGAUGAGAGUAGUUCAUCACGAGGGGGUACAGUUACCCAAAUAGUUAAAAGUGAAGAUGCACCUCCAGCACCAGAAGUCCUUGAUCUUACUGGACAGAUCAAAUCUGAGAACCAAGUGGCCUGCUGUGAUGUUGUUUACCAGUUGCCUUUUGCUGGUAGCUGUUCAGCUCCUUUUGGUCAGAGAGGCAAAACAAAUAUUUCAGAGUCAAGUUCUUCUACAGAGCCUACCCCAGCUCCCCAUCUGCAAACUCAGCUAGAAAAAGAUGGUUACCAGCCGGUUAAUAUGCAAGGGGCACCAGAGGAACAUAAAACUUUUAGCAUGGCUCCAUCUGGACGACUUCCACCAUCAAUGUCAGACACCAACCUUGCAGAAACAGGACUUCAGUUCUACCAAAGGACAGAUCCUGGAGACCUAGCGGUGGAUUUAAGCUCUAUGAAACAAGCAUAUGAAGCAGGAUACCUUGGGAUGGGUGCCCAAUAUGGAUCCUACACUGAUUUGCGUCAUCAAGGAGAUGUUUCAACCCCACCAUUACCUCUGCGCAGAUAUGGCUCGAUGUCUAAUAUAAGUGGAGACUUUGGCUAUCCUUCUCGUGACCUGGCAGGCACUCAAGAACCAAACCUUGCACAGUACAGUGCCACCACUGCCAGAGAAAUUAGCAGAAUGUGUGCUGCCCUUAACUCAAUAGAUCAGUUUGGAAAUCGUUAUGCAAAUAGCCCUGAUAUAUUUCAAUAUGGUGCUGGAAGAGGGGGCCCAAUGGGACGGCUUGGCCUUCAACAAGGUCUGACAUCAAUCAGAGCAAACCUGCUUUAUGGACCAGAUGGAAGGCCCACAGCACAUGGACAAGCACUUACCAAUCUAAUCAAUGCUAGACAGGCUAGCUUGCGGGCCUUAUAUCCUCCUGCUUUGAGGACUGCUGAUGGCAUGAUAUACUCUACUAUAAACACUCCCAUAGCAUCCACUUUACCAAUCACAACUCAACCUGCCCCUGUAAUAAAUUCUAUGCUAAGAGGAGUUUAUAAGCCUUAUCCUCCAGGCAGUGUGACAGCUGUUCCUUUAGCCAGCCUUAGUAGAUUGCCUCAUGUCACCCCUAGGAUGCCUCUUUCUGCACAGGGACCUUACAGAUACCCUGCUCCAACCCAUUUCCAAGCAACUGCACCAGACUCUAUUUCAGGGGGUGUGCCAACAGCAAGUACCUCCCAAGAAACUCCUGUCUAUCUUGGUAAGCCUGCAGUAUCUGGCACAAUUACAUCAGCUGCAACAUUACCAUCAACACCUAGAGCUACUGUUCAAACUAGUGCUAUACCACCCCAACAAACUAUUUUAAACCAACAAAUAUCUCAGGGUCAUAUGCCAGUAGAUGCUACCACAGUUCUUCCUCCCACUCAUAGUCAAAUUCCACAGUCAAUUCAGCAGCAAAUACAGGCACAAACCCAGCCUCAAGCAUUGACCAAAAGUAAAGAUUUGUCCUUCACUCAAGGCCAAUCACUUUCUCAGACACAAUCCCACUUAUCAGUGCCAGACACAGCACUUAGUGGUGUCAAUACAUCUACAGAUAAAGAAAAGGAGAAAGAGGAAGAGCGUUUACGACAACAACAAGAGCAGUUACUGCACAUGGAGAGGGAGCGCAUUGAGUUAGAGAAGCUUCGCCAGAUGCGGCUUCAAGAAGAGCUGGAGAGGGAUCGCUUAGAGAUACAGAGGCAUAGGGAGAAAGAACAACUUCUUGUGCAGCGUGAGAUCCAGGAACUGCAGAACAUCAAGCAGCAGGUCCUUCAGCAACAGCAGGUUGAAAGAGAAACUCAGUUGGUAAUGCAGAGAGAACAGCUGGCCCAACAAAGAAUGCAGCUAGACCAAAUUCAGGCUCUGCAACAGCAACUUCAGUUGCAGCUUGAAGAGCAGAAGAGGCAAAAGACAGCAGCCGUUGAAGCAGCAGCAGUAGCAGCUGCAGCAGAAGCAGCCGCUGUGUCUGCCGCUACUGCUGCAGCAGCCACAACUGCUCAAGGUGCCAUUAAUGGAGUGGUGGUUGGUGGAGCCCCUCAAGCAAUCUCCAUCAUCUGUGAUCAGAGUGGUAGGGUUAUUCCACAAGAUGGUCAGAGCUUACAGUUUUUACCUUGCAUGGAUGGGCAAAUGGUUCAAGCACUGGUGUCCACAAGAUCAAUGCCCAGCUCAGCUUCUGAAAUGUCCCUGAGGAACAGCGAUGAUCAGGGAAAUAGCCAUGUUAUAAAAAAACAGAAUUCAAUGCCACGUUUGAGGAAUGGCACUGAGGAGGACCCUGUGAAAAAAAUUGCGGACAGCAGUGUCCAAACUGAUGAUGAAGAUGGGGAGGAUCGAUUUAUGUCACGGCGCAGAAGGACUAGACGUAUUGCUGACUGCAGUGUCCAGACAGAUGAGGAGGACCAGGGGGAGUGGGACAGCCAGCCAGUGCGACGUCGACGCUCAAGGUACUCCAAACACUCUGAGUCAAAUGCAGAAAAUAAAGGCGAUGCAUCUAAAGUGACUUCCAGUAUAGCUAUUCAGACCACAACUGACUCAUCAUGUCAAACUGAAUCAGAUCAGCUGGGCAGAGUCUCACCAGCCAUACACAUCUCCAUGGCAGAGCCAUCAAAGGUUGAACUGCUUCACUACAUUUCUGCACCAGAGAGGACACACAAGGGAGAGAGCCUAGCCUGCCAGACUGAUCCUGAAGCACAGUUUCAAGGUGUGGUUGUUCCUCAGCUCACUGUUUCUACCACAGUCAGCCCGUACUCCACCAGUUUACAGGUAGUUGGUGCCACACCAGCCAAGUUUGAAAGAAGGAAACCAGACCCACUAGACAUUGGGCUGCAAGUGCAGCAACCAAUUGAUGCGCGUCCACCCAAAUCCCCACAAGUGUUGUACUCCCCUGUGUCUCCCCUAUCCCCCCACCGCAUGCUAGAGACAACCUUUGCCUCCAGUGAGAAGCUUAACAGGGCACAUGUCACACCCCAGCAAAAGGCCUUCACUACUGAAUCACCCAAGAGGCAUCAAACAAUUCCCAGGCCAAUAAAAAGUGUUCAGCGCUCCAUGUCAGAUCCCAAACCUCUUAGCCCAACUUCAGAGGACCCAUCUAAGACCAAAUUCUCACUUUACCAGAAUCAAAACACUACAGUCUCUUGUCUACAGAACUUGAUGAUGCGGAAAGUAAAACGGACUCUCCCCAGUCCCCCUCCAGAUGAGACGCCACGCCCUAUUGUAACCCCUGCAAUGACCCACAUGUACAGCACUCCUGGAAUGCCUCAAAGAGUAUUGCCCCAUACAGCACAAAGUUUUACCAAGGCAGGGCUUCUGAAUGAGCUUAAAGCUGUCGAACAAGAGUCUUCCAAGCUACGUAAACAGCAAGCAGAACUUGAGGAAGAAGAAAAAGAGAUUGAUGCUAAGCUACGCUGUUUAGAACUAGGCAUUACCCAGCGCAAGGAAACCAUGGUGAAAGAACGAGAGAGAAGAGAGCUGGCCUAUCUGCGAGGCAUCGGGGAUGCACGGGACUAUAUGUCGGAUAGUGAACUCAACAACCUUAGAUUAACUGGAGUACCAACUGGGACCUAUGAAACAAAUGGAAUGUUGUCAAGACCAAGCACAGCACCUCUGAGCCAAUUUAAUUCUGACCCAAAUAUGACUUCUCAGUACCCACCGACAUCCUCUUAUAUCCCAUAUCCAUUUCCACAGGGCCAGCCUGGACCAACACAACCGACUGCAGCAUAUCAGCAGAUUGGAUUUCAAGCACCGCAGUAUUCUGCACCAUCCCAGCCUCAGCCAGGAACGUUUCAGCCACACCCUCCUCAACCUUCAUCCUAUCAAACCCAAGUAGCCUACCAGAGUCAUGGGUAUGGGCAAUCCUACCAGCCAGAUAUUGGCCUGCAGCAACCCAGCCACCAGAGCUUUCAGCCUUCUGCUGCUCAUUUGCCUGGACAAACAUUACCAUAUCCUGGCCAAAGUCUGCCCUUCCAGCCCCAAGCUGGCAUCCUUUCAGGUCAUCAGCUGCCACGACAUACAUCAUUGGCUGAUCUUGAACAGAAACUGCCAACCAAUUAUGAAAUAAUAACUAAUCCUGCAGUAUCAGUAUCCACUUCAGGCCAGGAAACUGGCUUUUGUGGUGCCUAUUCUUCACCCUUGACAAAUGCUUAUGGGCCAUAUCGUACCCCUGACCAAACACUGACAGACCGCAUACCAAGUCCUACUUCUGGCUAUGGGACAGAUGGUCUCUAUACCUCAAAUCUGGAGCAAAAUAUACCGAGAAACUAUGUAAUGAUAGAUGAUAUAAGUGAGCUAACAAAGGAGAACAUGGGAUCAUCUGAUGCUACAAGAACAGAUUAUGUGAGUGAAAAUGGUCCACGGGGGAUGGGUUAUGGAGAUGGGACUGAAGAGCUAUAUGGAAGACCAAGCAGCACCACUGGUUACCACCAUCAGGGUGCUGUGGACAGUCAUGGACGUCCUAGCACAACUGUAAGUGGUGGAUCUUCCUAUUACUAUGAGGAAUAUAAGCAUUCAUCACGCAGUAGUUCUGGAAUGGGCAGCCAAAAGCAUUCCUCUAAGAACUUGGCACCAGCUGCUGUGUCCUCCAAGCGUAGUAAGCACAGAAAGCAAGGCAUGGAGCAAAAGAUUUCUAAAUUCUCCCCUAUUGAAGAGGCACGAGAUGUAGAGUCUGACUUGGCCUCUUAUACAAUGACAACACCAUCAGGUGGAAGCUGCACCGUAGUUUCUAGAUCAGGGGUAAAAAAGAAUGUCUAUGAUCAGCAGAAAUACUAUGGCUCAAGAGAAGGCUUGGAUGAAGAUGAUCGUCUGUACAGCUCUGGAAGGUCACGGUCCACAGGCUAUGGCAUGGAUAAGAUCUCAUCUAGAGACUCUGGAGGGUACAGAAGUAAAUCAUAUGAGAGAGACGCCAUGGAACGAUCUCAGAGGGGUACCCAUAGUCGCACUGGACGUUCCACCAUGCGUACUCAGAACUCAGAGGAAGAGAGUCCACUGAGCCCAGUGGGGAAACCUGUGGGCAUGGGACAUGUCUCAGACCCACAUGAUGUUAGAAACCAGUAUGGCUCUAGCCAUUCUCUUCCUGAUGUUCAGGAUCAUCACAUAAGGGACGUGCCUAAGAGUCAUGCCUACAAGCCAGAUGACCCGUACCUAGUGGAUGAUAUGCACUGUGCUGUUUCAGACAGUGAAGCAUAUCAUUUAGGACAGGAGGAAACAGAUUGGUUUGAGAAACCACGGGAGGCUGCUUCUGAUCGUUCCAGACAUCAUGGGAGUGCAAGCCACUCCUCUACAGGUAAAAGAAGCCAUGUCAAGCACACCUAUCAUGAUUAUGAUGAACCUCCAGAAGAAGACUUAUGGCCACAAGAUGAAUACACCCACCAACGCCAUUCCUCUUCAACCUCAUCCCGAGAGCACCGGCAUCAUGUUAGUAGCUCAGGACGUCACUCAUCAUCCCGACAUACCACUGAGGAGUCUAGAUCUUCCCGUUCUUCAAGAUCACAUCCCAAAGACCCAUCGACUCGUUCUGAAGGGCGCAGCACUUCAUCCUCUUUACAUAAAAGAUCUUCAGAACCCCGAUCUUCACAAUCAGGGUACCGGGACUCUGGUGAAUAUGCCCGUGACCCUGCAUCAGGACAACAUCAUAGCGCUAGUGGUCAGCGGGGGCAAAGGCAGUCUGGUUCUUCAAGGCGACAAGAAUCUCCUUUGUCUAAACAACAGCAACAGCAGCAGCAGCAGCAGCAGCAGCAACAGCAGCAGCAGCAGGAUCAUGGUUCUGUAGGACAACAGCAACCACCACAGCAAGGACAGCAAAGGUCCACAACACAGCCAACAACUGGAAGGCAGUCUGGAACUCAGCAGUCUGAAACUGGACAGCAAGGACAACAGACCAGCCAGCAACCUCGUUCACAGCAGCAGCAGUCACAACCUCAGCCUGGACAACAGCCUACAACAACCACAGCAGGUCAGACUCAGCCCACAGCCAUGGCUACUAGUAUUGGAGCUGGGGCCACUCAGCAACAAGCUAAACCAGGCCAGGCUCCAGCGUCUGGACCACCACUGGCUGCAGGAGCAUCUGCAGCUCAGCCAACGCCUACUGGGGGAGGAUUGAUAAAACCUGACACUGCUCCUGCAGCACCAACUCCUGCAGUUGCUAUUGGAUCUAAAGCUGCACCCCAGCCUGCUAAAGCCUCUACGAUCCCUGCCACAGGCAUUGGGUCAAAAGCUGCUCCCCGGCCAGGUGGCAUAGGCAGUGCGGCCCAGCCAGCACAGCAGACUACAGAGAGUGAAAAUGUUUUCAGCAAAAUCCUCCCGGGUAGUGCUGCUGAACAAGCAGGAAAACUAGGAGAUGCCGUGUCUGCUAUCGGCAAGAAGUUUACGUCAUUUUGGUGAGCUGCUAACAGGAGGGAUUGAUUGUGGCUGAGAAGAGGCUUGUUACUGGAAAAAAAAUUGAAACUGUUUCUGCCAUCUUACCCAUUAAUCUGUGGAUUGAGGACACCUGAGAACCGGUUGAUGAUCUGGCUUGGAGAAAGGACAUGAAGAUCCAGAGAGCAUCAUCUCCGGGUGGACCCCAUAUACCCCCCCCCCCCCCC